GACGGCUUCCAGGAAAUCUGGACCGGGUCAGGAAGGUAUAAAACCCGAAGCCAUCGGCACACAGAACUCAGAAUCCCUUCUUCUGCACAGACACUUCCUCGUCUUUUGAGGCUCCUCAAACUAAACAUGAAACUCUCCUUUGAGGCAGUUCAGCCCCUUCAAGCAAUAACUUCAACAUCUUGGAUCAGAUUCUUCCUUCUCUGCUCCACGCUGUGUCUGUGGAGACAUGUGGACGGCUGGUCGUACCACUGGUCAAACCACACGAUGGAAUGGGCAGAAGCCAGAGAGUGGUGCAAACAGAGAUACACAGACAUGGUGGCAAUCCAGAACCAAGAGGAGAUCACCCACCUCAACAAAAGCCUUCCAAAGAGAGACAACUACUACUGGAUCGGGAUUCGUAAGAUCAACGAUGUCUGGACGUGGGUGGGAACCAACAAGGCUCUGACGCCCGAAGCUACCAACUGGGCAAAGGGAGAACCGAACAACGGAAAAGAUGGAUCCAAAACGAGUCAACCCGAGGACUGCGUGGAGAUUUACAUAAAGAGAACCCAGCAGGCAGGAAAGUGGAAUGAUGAGAAAUGCUCUAAGAAAAAGGCAGCUCUGUGCUAUUCAGCUUCCUGUAGGAACGACUCAUGCUAUCAUGGAGAAUGUGUCGAGACCAUCAACAACCACACGUGUGAAUGUCAUUCAGGUUUUUAUGGAACAAGAUGUCAGCACGCUGUUCAGUGCAGUAAGGAGAAGGUGAUCCUCCCUGAACACGGACGUGUGGACUGCUCCCACAAGAACGGAGACUUCGCCUACGACUCGCUGUGCCGACACUCCUGCGAGGAGGGAUACAGCCUGACGUCAGCUGGCGUGCAGAGGUGCACCAGCACAGGCCUUUGGUCAGAGGAGUCUCCUAAAUGCCAAUUGGUGCAGUGCCGGCAUCUGUCUCAUCCUGAGGCUGGAGACAUGAAGUGUUCCCAUCCUCUGGGCCACUACAGCUACCAGUCUUCCUGUUCAUUUACCUGUAAUGAGGGAUAUGAGAUGAAGCCUUCCUCCCCUGGCACUGUGCAUUGUGAAGCUUCCGGCAGAUGGAGUGACCUCGAGCCAUCUUGUGUUGCUGUGCAGUGUCCUGCUCUCCAGGAUCCAAAGAAUGGAAAGGUCAGCUGUGAAAAUGACCCACCCUACAUGUUCAGCUUCGGAGGGGUCUGCAACUUCACCUGUGAGCCAGGUUUCCACCUAUUGGGGCGCAGUAGGGUCACAUGCACAUCAGCAGGUGUCUGGAGUGACACCAUUCCUCAGUGUGUUGAGAUCACAUGUCCAGUCCCAGAAGGAGGAGCUCAGCUCAUCACAAAGUGCAGCAAACCUCUGACCAACCUGGGACAAAACUCCUCCUGCAGCUUCAGCUGUGAAUCAGGCUACCGCCUUGUAGGGCCCAGUGAGGUCACAUGUUCAUCGGCAGGUGACUGGAGUUACCAGAUUCCUCAGUGUGUUGAGAUCACAUGCCCAGUUCCAGGAGGCUCAGCUCAGCUCAUCACAGAGUGCAGCAAACCUCUGACCAACCUGAGACCAAACUCCUUCUGCAGCUUCAGCUGUGAGCCAGGCUUUGAACUUCAGGGAGCGGCCCACAGGAAGUGCUCUCUGAAUGGACAGUGGAGCGGCGUCCAGCCGUCCUGCAAAGCCGUCCAAUGCCCUCCGCCUGAGCCUCUUGAAAACGGUUACACCAACUGCUCCGACAGCCAACCUUUUUUCAGCUCGCAGUGCUCCUUCACCUGUGAUGAAGGCUUCACGCUAGACGGACACGAGCUGCUGACCUGUGGUCGUCAUGGCAACUGGACCGGGAAGACCCCCACCUGUCAGGCUCCUUCGUACCAGGUUUCUGCCAUCACCAUUGGUGUGACAGCAGGGGGCGCUGCUGCAGUCUCAGGCCUUUCUCUGGCAAUGUGGAUCUUGAAAAGACUGAAGAGGAAAGCUUCCAAAUUUGAGUUGAACAGCAACUCUGACUUCAACGAGCCGCCACAGGUCUACAAAAGCAGCAUCGACAUUUUCUUCCAGCCUGAGACGUCCUUUGGCUGGACUUAUCACUUCUCUGAUGCUGAGACGAUGAACUGGACCGAAGCCCGGAAGUGGUGUCAGAGCCGUUUCUCAGACAUGGUGGCUUUCCAGAACCAGAAAGAGAAUGACCACGUGGUCUCCCUGCUGCCAAACAGGACAGGCAGCCCAUAUUACUGGAUUGGAAUCACCAAAAACCACCUGAAUGAAACUUGGAAAUGGAUUGGAAACAACAGCACGUGGGUUGGUAAUCAUUCCUGGGCCACAAAGGAGCCUAACAACGUCCACGUCAACGAAUUUUGCGUGGAGAUCUACGUCAACAACGGGCCAAACCGAGGAAAGUGGAACGACGAGAAAUGUUCCAACAAGAAAUUCCCAGUUUGCUAUAAAGGUUACAAAGAGGCUCUGUUGGCUGUAGCUGCGUACGGAGCUGUGUCUUUGUGCGUCUGCGUCUGCAUCUGCGGGAUCAAACACAGAAAAAGAAGUAAACUUACUCAAGAAAGGAAGCCUGAGGACACUCGGAUAUCAGUUGGAAUCUUUCAGAACAUCCAGCUCCUUGUGCUGAUGGGAGCUCUCCUUUUGGUUGGAAGAAACCCAAUGACCAGAGGAGGGGUGCAGGCAUGGACUUACGCCUACAGCAAAGGCUCAAACCUGCAGUGGCACGAGGCUCGCCAGUGGUGCCAGAAACACUUUGUGGACAUGGUUUCCAUCAAGAACAAGGAGGAGGCUGAGUAUCUUGACAGUUUUCUGCCGCGCAACCCCACCUAUUACUGGAUAGGAGUUCAAAAAGUGGCUGCAAAGUGGACGUGGGUGGACACCAGCAAACCUGUUCCUGUGGAAGCUCAACGCUGGGCGUCAGAAGAGCCGGACAGCCUGGCCGGUCAGGACUGUGUGGAGCUGUACAUCAAGAGGGCUAAAGACUCAGCAAGGUGGAAUAAUGAGAAAUGCAGCAAACUGAAGGAAGCCGUCUGCUACACUGCUUCCUGCACUCAGGAGUCCUGCAGUGCUCAUGGAGAAUGUGAGGAGGCAGUGGGGAAUUUCACCUGCAAGUGUCACUCUGGUUUUCUGGGUCUCCACUGUAAGGAAGCUGUGGCUUGUAAAGCUUUGACAGAACCCAGACAAGGUUCUCACCACUGUGUCCAUCCCAAUGGGCCCAAUCGUUUCAACUCCUCCUGCCGUUUUCACUGUGAACUUGGCUUUCGAUUGGUGGGUGUGUCCCAGUUGGCGUGCCAAGGCGAUGGGCAGUGGAACCACCCGGUUCCUCAGUGUGAAGCGGAACACUGCCCAGCUCUGAACCAGACUGGCUUCUGGGGGGGCAGUUUGAACUGCAGCCAUCCCAUCAGCACCUUCAGCUACAACUCCACUUGUGAGUUCUUCUGUGAUGACGGCUACGAGCUUGCUGGACAGAACCAGAUCCGGUGCGACCACACGGGCCAGUGGACGCCUGGGACACCAGCAUGCUCAGUGAAAAAGUGUUCUGCUGCUGUUGCUCCUUCUGGAGGGAACAUGGUGUGCGUGGAUCCUGUGGAGCCUUUCUCCUUUGGCUCUCAGUGUGACUUCACCUGCCAGGAGGGUCACUACCUCUUGGGCAACAGCACAAUCUCCUGCCUGGCUUCUGGGGAUUGGAGCCAUCCCGCCCCCAGCUGUGCAGCUGUACAAUGCAAAAACCUGAGCGCCCCCCUGCAUGGUUUCAUCCACUGUUGGGACCCCGUGGGAGAGCACAGCUAUGGAUCAGAGUGCAGCGUGCAAUGUGAGGAUGGAUUUGAACUGGUUGGCACCAACCUGACGAAAUGUUCAGCACGGGGCGACUGGAGUCAUGGACUUCCUGUUUGUCAAGCCAAACUCUGCCAGACGGUUACCUCUCCCUCUCACGGUUUCCUGUCAUGCAAUCACCCCAACGGCCCCUUCAGCUUUGGCUCCACCUGCUCCAUCACUUGUGAUGAGGGCUUCAGAAUAAACGGGACAUCUAAGGUUGAGUGUUUCUCCUCAGCGAUGUGGAGCGCAGACAUCCCAACCUGCACGGCUCUAACCUGCCCCCCGCUGAGCUUUGUCUCCCAUGGUUCCACGCUGUGCUCGGAUCCAUACGGAAGAUCCAGUUUUGGUUCUCGUUGUACGACGGCCUGUGGGGACGGGUUUCUUCUAAACGGGACGGCUAACACAGAGUGCACCUCUGCAGGCACCUGGAGCUUUGAUGUACCAUUUUGUUCAGUGAAAAGGUGCUCCGUUCUCAAAUCUCCGGCCCACGGCUCUUUGAAUUGUUCUGAACCUCAUGGAAAGUUCAGCUUUGGUUCUAGAUGUAGGAUGUCGUGCGACGAAGGGUUUUUCCUGAAUGGAACAGCUGACUUUGAGUGCUCCUCUCAGGCCACGUGGAGCACAGAGCCUGCUGAGUGUCUGGCAAAGACGUGUCCCCCGGUGAGCUCACCCGCUCAUGGUUCUUUGGUCUGCUCCGACCCACAUGGACAGUUCAGUUUUGGUUCUCGUUGUGCAUCAACCUGUGAGGAUGGAUUUGUCCUGAAUGGAACUGAAGAGACAAACUGCACGUCUUCGGGCAUGUGGAGCCAGGACAUCCCAAGAUGCUUUGUUCAGAGAUGCCCUCCUCUCAGCUCCCUGUCUCAUGGGUCGUUGGCGUGCUCUGGUCCUCAUGGAGAGUUCAGUUUCGCUUCUCGGUGCACUUUCACCUGUGGGAGAGGUUAUCUUCUGACUGGGGCAGAAACCACAGAGUGCACGUCUGCAGGAACAUGGAGCAAAGACAUGCCUCUCUGUCGGGUACAACAGUGCCCUCGUCUGGUGAAAGCGCCGCAGCACGGCAGGAUGAACUGCAGCCUCCUGGACCCCCCCUUUAGUUACGGCUCACGGUGCGACUAUGACUGCAAUGAAGGAUUCAGGAUGCUGAAAGGUGCAGCAACAGUGACAUGCGAACACUCAGGCCGCUGGAGUCAAGAUGUUCCCACCUGCCACCCUGUACAGUGUGGAAACAUCCAUCGCAUGUCGUCACGCAUGUCCAUGAACUGUUCCCAUCCGCUGGCUAACUUCAGUUUUGGCUCUGAGUGCAUUUUCACCUGUGCAGACGGAUUCUCCCUGAACGGCUCCACGGCGCUCUUUUGCUCCUCUUCUGGGUUUUGGAGUCACCGAAUACCCACCUGCACAGUGAAAAAGUGUUCUGCUGCUGUUGCUCCUUCUGGAGGGAACAUGGUGUGCGUGGACCCUGUGGAGCCUUUCUCCUUUGGCUCUCAGUGUGACUUCACCUGCCAGGAGGGUCACUACCUCUUGGGCAACAGCACAAUCUCCUGCCUGGCUUCUGGGGAUUGGAGCAAUCCCGCCCCCAGCUGUGCAGCUGUACAAUGCAAAAACCUGAGCGCCCCCCUGCAUGGUUUCAUCCACUGUUGGGACCCCUUGGGAGAGCACAGCUAUGGAUCAGAGUGCAGCGUGCAAUGUGAGGAUGGAUUUGAACUGGUUGGCACCAACCUGACGAAAUGUUCAGCACGGGGCGACUGGAGUCAUGGACUUCCUGUUUGUCAAGCCAAACUCUGCCAGACGGUUACCUCUCCCUCUCACGGUUUCCUGUCAUGCAAUCACCCCAACGGCCCCUUCAGCUUUGGCUCCACCUGCUCCAUCACUUGUGAUGAGGGCUUCAGAAUAAACGGGACAUCUAAGGUUGAGUGUUUCUCCUCAGCGAUGUGGAGCACAGACAUCCCAACCUGCACGGCUGUACAGUGUGGAAACAUCCAUCGCAUGUCGUCACGCAUGUCCAUGAACUGUUCCCAUCCGCUGGCUAACUUCAGUUUUGGCUCUGAGUGCAUAUUCACAUGUGCAGACGGAUUCUCCCUGAACGGCUCCACGGCGCUCUUUUGCUCCUCUUCUGGGUUUUGGAGUCACCAAAUACCCACCUGCACAGGUUCAUCUUUGGGGCUGAUGAUCUUGCAGUAUGCAGCUUAUGGAGCAGCCUGUGCUGCUUUGGCUCUCAUCCUGUUUGGGCUGACCGACUUGAUAAUCAGACAUUUGAAGAAAGGAGGAAGUGCUGUGAAGGCUGAUGAUUUGUGGGCAGAUACUGUCAAUCCAACAUUUGAAUUGUAAUUUUUUUUUUGGAAGAACAAUCAUCAACGCGUGCAUUUCUACAUUUUACAAGAACUCUGGUAUUUAUUGCACACCGUAAUUUUUAUCAUUAUGGUCUGUCUGUUAAGUUUGUGUUCAACUUUUACCCUACUUUUACAUUAAACUGCAUUACAGAUGCAUCCAGCUCCUUUA